AUGUCUCGCAGCUCCGUGCCAAUCGCCGCCGCUCUCUCGGACAUUUACCCCGUCACCGAUGCCGUACGGGAGGGUCCGCGUUGGAACAAGCUGCUCACACGGUUUGCCGACAUCUACCACCACUCGGCCACCUUCGUCGCCCGCUCGCCCGGCCGCGUCAACAUCAUUGGCGAGCAUAUCGAUUAUUCCCUUUACUCAGUCCUACCGAUGGCCGUGACGGCCGAUGCCCUCCUCGCCGUGUCCGCCAAGCCCGUCGACGACGGUGCCGCCAGCUUCGUCAUCCAACUGGCCAAUGUCGACGACGCCAAGUUUGCGUCCAAAGAGUUUUCCUUGCUCAUGGAUGAAAAGGUCCAAAUUGACGCGAGCAAAUUUGAGUGGACAAACUACUUCAAAUGUGGCUUGAGCGGCGCCUUGGAGCUUUUGCGAAAGAAAAGGGGCCACGGCUUCAAGCCGCGCAGCAUGGAGGUUCUGAUGGACGGAAACAUCCCCGUCGGAGGCGGCCUGAGCUCGAGCGCCGCGUUCGUGACGGCCAGUGCUCUUGCCGUCCUAGCCGCGCACGGAGAAGGCGCCGUCGACAAGAAGGAGCUGACCGAACUGGCCAUGGUGAGCGAGCGCGCCGUUGGCGUCAACUCGGGAGGAAUGGACCAAGCAGCGUCCGUAUUUUCCGAACCGGGAUCGGCACUCUUCGUCACCUUCAGCCCCGGGCUUGACGCUCGACCGGUGCGGUUUCCGGCGACCAAGCCUGAACUGUGCUCCGUCAUCGCCCAGAGCUUCGUCACGUCGAACAAGCAAGUGACGGGCCCGAUACACUACAACCUACGUGUUGUCGAGGUGACGUUGGCCGCCGCCUACCUCAACGCACUUGUCAACCCUCCCGGGACGGCACUGCCAACCGAUGGCGGGCCGCUGGGCACAAGCCUCCAUGCUUUCCACGAAACCUACUUCCACCACCAGAGAAGCUCGGACGACGGUGCCGUCAAGCACGAGACCAAGGAACAGGAGCUUCAAAGGCUCAUCACGCUGACACGCGAGACGCUCACUCAGGAGGAGGGGUACACGAAGGAAGAAAUUGCGCAAGCGCUAGGGCAGCCUGUUUCGGAGCUCGAGAGGCGCUUCCUGGCAAGUUUCCCGGUACGAACGGAGCGGUUCAAGCUGCGGCAACGAGCGCUCCAUGUUUUCACCGAGGCCCUCCGCGUGCUCCAGUUCCUCGCUCGCCUGGAGCGCCCCUCGGACGGCGGCCCGGUCGACGCGGCGGUGCUCGGGCACGAUCUCGGUCGGCUGAUGAACGAAACUCAAGAAUCCUGCAGGAGCCUCUUUGAGUGCAGCUGCCCCGAACUCGAUCAGAUCUGCACCAUCGCGCGGGCCGCGGGCGCGUGGGGCAGCAGACUGACGGGUGCCGGCUGGGGAGGCUGCAGCGUGCACCUGGUACCUGCCGACAAGGUAGCGGAUGUCAAGGCCGCCCUGGAGACGGAUUAUUAUGCCGGAAAGGGGCUCACGGAGGAGCAGCGCGAGAGGGCCGUCGUGGUGAGCCGGCCCGCCGGCGGGAGUGCCCUAUACAUGGUGGACGAGAGCCUCGUCGGCCAGACGAGCUGA